CUCCGUUUUGGCACCUAGAAUGACAACCUUUCGUACAUGCAGUUAUAGAUUUAAAUUCGGGCUUAUUAUUCAGUGCAACGACCCCGAUCUCUCCGUUUUGGCACCUAGAAUGACAACCUUUCGUACAUGCAGUUAUAGAUUUCAAUUCGGGCUUAUUAUUCAGUGCAACGACCCCGAUCUCUCCGUUUUGGCACCUAGAAUGACAACCUUUCGUACAUGCAGUUAUAGAUUUAAAUUCGGGCUUAUUAUUCAGUGCAACGACCCCGAUCUCUCCGUUUUGGCACCUAGAAUGACAAACUUUCGUACAUGCAGUUAUAGAUUUAAAUUCGGGCUUAUUAUUCAGUGCAACGACCCCGAUCUCUCCGUUUUGGCACCUAGAAUGACAACCUUUCGUACAUGCAGUUAUAGAUUUAAAUUCGGGCUUAUUAUUCAGAUUUAUUGUCCUAUCUUCGUUUUUUAUGGAAUUAAAUUUACAAAUAUACAAGAUUAUGUGAAGAUAUAGGAAUAUCUAUCUAUCGG